CAAUUCAGGGAUACAAUAAUGGUAAUUUGUUUGGAAACAUUUUUAUCAAUGAGCAAUGACCGUCCUUCCUGGAUCAUCCAACCGACACCGAUAUAACAUAAGAACGUCAUAGAACAUGUUUGAUGGUGACCAUCAUAUUUUGCUUUCCCGCUGAAUUUUGAACGUAAUUCGAUACAGUGGCGCCGUCUGUCUGGCGUGCGCCACACGCACCCGCCAACCCAACAAAACAGAACGAACACGGAUGCGAACAACUAACAUGGUGGCGAAUGUAUCAAUUUCAUCAGUGUCUUGAGACGAUUUCAAAACUAUUGCGGAGAAGAUCCCCAAAGAGAGGAAUUUCGGAUAAUCCAGAAACCAUUGAACCAUUGAUUUGGAUACCUUCGACAAGAAGUGUUAAGUGGUCAGGAUGAAUUUUAGUCCAUUUGGUGUGCCGUUGUCGGCUGCUCUUCCCGUUGCAACUCAGUUUGCCGCUGGCAAAAUAACACAGAGCGUCACGACCCCAAGUGGUCAGGUAGUCGGGGUUUUACAGGGCGGCGAGAACGGCAUCCACUACAUUCGCCCCGUUGACGCCAAUGCAUUCUCUCAGUCGGUCGCCGCUCAACAACAGCAGCAACAGCAACAACAUCAACAACAACAGCAGCAGCAACAACAACAAAGUCAAACGCAAACUUUGAUUACUUUGCCCAUAACUAUGCCUGGCGCCAAACCGGGAGAUCCCCAACAAACUGUGCAAAUACAAGUUGUGAAUCCCAUAACGGCCGCGACUCCCGUUUCUCAAGCAUCACCGAGCAACUCCCCCAAAUAUCACAUCUCCGCAAUCCCAAUUCAAACGUUAGGACAAGGUACGACAGUGGUUACUGUUGCCUACAAUACCGGACAGGACGGAUUGCAGAUUGUCGAUGGUUCAAACGGCAUUCCCGAAUGUAUGACGGUAGUGGCGGCGCUCCAGCCUCAAGAUUUACAAUUGUUACAAACGGCGAGCGGCGGCAAUGCGGAACCUGAUAAACAGCAAAAGGAACAUAAUCCUGUUGCUCUGAUUAAAAGUGAAAUGAACAAGGAGGAUGGACAAGAGGUAGCAACGACGAUCAACAUACCGGCCCAAUAUAUGCACAGUACCCAGGCCGUGCAAGAGUACAUACAGAAAAUUCAACAGACCACGGCCCUCCACCAGUUUCUCAAGUUCAACAAUUCUGACAGCAACAUCAAGCGGGAACAGAUGGAUGAGGAAGGUACGACAACAACGACGAUAAACGUGGCCGCCACCAGCGUUCUGGAGGGUGUCAGUUUAACGACUGCGGACGAACAUGAACAUUUGUUGAUGCACGAGGUCGGUGAGGCGGAGCUGGAAACGGAAGAGGGAGUCGACGAUCCGGACAGCAAAGGAAAAAAGAAAAAGAAGCACAAGAAAAAGCCGCCGAAACCGAAAAAGCCCAAACCCGGACAAGUACAUAUAGCAACGGCUUUGGAUGGUACCACGUUGUUUUGUUGCCCGGAGUGUCACAUGGCUUAUCCGGAAAAGGAAUUGCUGGAGCACCAUUUGGUAGGACAUAAGAUCGAGAGACGAUUCAUUUGCGACAUUUGCGGGGCCGGAUUAAAACGAAAAGAACAUCUCGAGCGACACAAGUUGGGACACAACCCGGAACGACCGUUUGUGUGUUCAGUUUGCCUGAAAGGAUUCAAACGCAAGGAACACUUGAAUCUCCAUUUCGUUAUUCACUCUGGAGAGAAAACGGAAAUCUGUACCGAAUGCGGUAAAGGUUUCUAUCGUAAGGAUCACUUGAGAAAACACGCCCGCUCUCAUAUCACGCGUCGCGCCAAGGAAAUGGCCGAACGCCAAAAUUUAUUGGGAAAAGAAGGGGGUGGUGGCGGCACGUCGACCACAGCCCAGGUUACGAUUCAGGUGCCUUCUGCCCAACAGAUUCAAAUCCCAGUUCAGAUUCAAGUGCCGCAAACGAUUCAGAUGGCGGCGUCGGCAGGACAACAAGAGGAAGAAGGUGGUGAAGCUGUUAGUACGGUGGUUUUGCCAUCUGCUACCGAAGGAAUCUCGAUCAUGCCGCAUUAGAGUAGCGUCGCGUCCUUCAUGUCGUGAAUGUAGGUGCCUCAGACUGUGAUCUAAUGUUGCAAACGGCAGCCUGGAGAUAAUUAGAUGUUGGCUAUCUAGUUGGUUGGUUGGUUCGUUCGUUCGUUCGAUCCUUUGCGUUUUUUUUUGUCUAUUCAUAUUUAUUUCAUUAUCUUAAAAAUUAUUUUUAUAUUUUACAAGAAACUAAAUAUUUUACCAGUGUUCCCCGAAAUUUUAUAAACGAAUUGACAACUUUAUUAAUAAGAAGAAUGAAUGAGACAGUGACAUUUUUUAUUAACAAUUGUGUACAUAAUAGAACAAUUAUAUAUAAUAAAAAUAUAUUUAUUAUUAUCGCUUGGUUGAUAUGUUGAAGAGUAA